UAUUCAAUAUCAUGCGAUCGUGCAAUCUUUUGAGCAAAAUCAUUCUAUCCAAACCCUAAAAAUAUCCCCAAAAUGGUGCCACGUGUAAACUCCACUCGAACCAUUUUAAAAGCUAUGCAAAGAACAUAUAUUCCACCACCCUCGUAAAUGUUCCUCUAUAUAACAAGGAAAAAGCUGAUUCAACAAAAAGAAAAAAAACAACAGAUAUAGAUGUCGGAGAGUGGCAGAAGACACGGCGGAGGCGAACAGCUCCUGGCGGAGGAGGCCUCCGGAGACUUGUCGUCACUGCCGUGGAGACUGAAUGUGAAGGAGUUUCAGUUGCCACGCCAAAGUCACAGCCAUGAGCACCGUAAUAGCCCAACUUACUUCACUUUUCGCGGUCUUUUUCGGAAACCCACUUUUGUUUCAGAAAAGGAACGCAAGAUUGCAGAAUACUACAAGAAACAGGAGAAGCUCCUUGAAGGGUAUAAUGACAUGGAUUCGAUGACUGAAACGGGUUAUUUCCCUGGAAGUCUCACUGAGGAUGAAAUGAAGCAAUUAGCAAGAAGUGAGAGACUGGCAGUGAAUGUGUCCAAUGCAGCUAACUUGGUGCUAUUUGCAGCUAAGGUUUACACUUCCAUUGAGAGCAAAUCACUAGCAGUCAUUGCUUCCACCAUGGAUUCUCUCUUAGAUCUCUUGUCUGGGUUCAUAUUGUGGUUCACUGCCUAUGCCAUGAGAAACCCAAACCAGUAUCACUACCCCAUUGGAAAGAAAAGGAUGCAACCGGUGGGUAUCAUUGUUUUUGCAUCUGUGAUGGCAACCUUGGGAUUGCAGAUUCUGAUUGAGUCUGGCAGACAACUCAUUACGAAGUCUAAGCCUGAAAUGGAUUCCCAAGAGUUGAAAUGGAUGAUCGGUAUUAUGGCAUCUGUUACUGUAGUGAAGUUCAUACUCAUGAUCUACUGUCGAAGGUUUAAGAACGAAAUUGUCAGAGCCUAUGCACAAGAUCAUUUUUUUGAUGUUAUCACUAACUCAGUUGGAUUAGUUGCUGCUGUGCUUGCUGUGAAGUACUCUUGGUGGAUUGAUCCAAUGGGAGCUAUUGUUAUAGCUGUGUACACAAUUAGCACAUGGGCAAAGACAGUGAUUGAGAAUGUGUGGUCUCUUAUUGGAAGAACAGCACCACCUGAUUUUCUGGCAAAGUUGACAUAUCUGAUAUGGAAUCACCAUGAAGAGGUUAAGCACAUAGACACUGUGAGAGCAUACACCUUUGGUGCUCAUUACUUUGUUGAAGUGGACAUAGUGUUGCCAGAAGACAUGCCUCUCAAUCAAGCACACAACAUUGGUGAGACAUUGCAGGAAAAAUUGGAGCAACUUCCUCAAGUUGAAAGAGCCUUUGUUCACAUUGAUUUUGAGUUUACUCACAGACCUGAACAUAAGAUGAUGGUAUAACUAUAUGCCAAACUAAAUCACUAUAGUAAAAUGGUUGGUUUUAAUGUGUGCCUAAUAUCAUUUUUUCAGAGGGUUAAUUUAAUUUUCAUAAUUACUUUUCUUUAGAAUGAAUUAAGUAUAUUUUCUCUCCAAACCUUUUUCAAGA